CGCAGCUGUCUGCGCGCACCCCUCCAUCCAGCCAAGACGCGCGCCUCCUCUUCGGUCACAGCUGCCCAAGGGAUCGGAGACGCGGAUUGGAGCAGUGGAUACACUUCACCGUACUUUCCUAACUUCUUUGGUUUCAGUCUGUCGUAUUACCACCCCACCCCACUGAUAAUAGUCACAAUUGCCCUCCAGCGCGGCUCGACGGGUUUUCUGGCGUCCAUUGGUCCACGUACGGCCCGGAGGAAGUGGUCCGUGGUCUUCGCAGUGACCGCCGUCACCAUGGUCCUGCUGGCUCUGACCAUCGCUGUUCCGCUGCUGCUCCUCCGCUCCCCGGAGACCUCCGCUCACUACUAUGAGAUGAUGGGCACAUGUCGGAUGGUUUGUGACCCGUACAGCCCCAAACCGGGGGGAGCCACCGCCAUGGAGGUGAACCAGAACGUGAACGGGGUCGCUCCGCUGCCGCCGAUGGCACAGGGGAGCCGCGGGGAGCCGGGCCGACCCGGUAAGCCUGGACCCAGGGGUCCUCCAGGAGAGCCUGGACCCCCCGGUCCGAGGGGACCACCGGGAGAGCGAGGGGACAAUAAACUGGCUUUCACCACCUUGGCGGGAGCUUCCGGGGGUGACACCGGCGAAGGAGAUGGCGCGAACUCCACGGUGAGCGGGUACAGGAUCGCCUUUUACGUGGGUCUGAAAAACCCACAUGAGGGAUAUGAGGUGCUGAAGUUUGACGACGUGAUCACAAACUUAGGGAACCACUAUGACCCGAGCACUGGGAAGUUCACCUGCCAUGUGUCCGGGAUCUACUUCUUCACCUACCAUGUGCUGAUGCGCGGAGGGGAUGGCACCAGCAUGUGGGCCGACCUGUGCAAAAACGGACAGGUUCGGGCCAGUGCCAUAGCUCAAGAUGCAGACCAGAACUAUGACUACGCCAGUAACAGUGCUGUGCUACAUUUGGACUCUGGAGAUGAGGUUUAUGUUAAAUUGGAUGGAGGAAAAGCUCAUGGGGGCAAUAACAACAAGUACAGCACCUUCUCUGGCUUCAUCUUAUACCCCGAUUAAACUCUCCACAACAGGCGCUUUGGACUGAAAAGUGUCUCCACUAAAGGUUCAUUCUGUUUUUCUUCUUUUGCACACCUGUUCAAGUUUACAGACUUAUCUGAACCUAUAUGCUGUAAAAACUCAUUGAAAGAUUUUUUGUAUCCAAUCCAUAUUUAUUUCAACUGAAGUUUAAAUAGAGAUUGAUUUAAAACUGUGAUUGAUGUCUCAUGAGAAACAUGAGAAAACUCAUGUUGCAGGUGAUUUACAGCACGCCAUAAAUAACCUAGGAGGAAAUGUUCCUGGUUUAACUUCCUAAAACCAUUUGAGGACAAUAACAACAGGCCUUAAAGGUUAUUGGUAUUUCACUGGUUGUUUAUAAGGCACCUUGUGUAAUAACAGCAAUAUUGCCAAGGAAAUGCAACAAUAUGAAAGUAGUGUCUGAGAGGCACUACUUCACUAUUGACUGACCUGUUCACAACACUGUAAACUUACAUUUUUAGGCAAAAUUAUAGUUUCAUGAGAGGAUCAAUUAGCCAAUUAACUAUGUAUGAUUAAAUCUAACAGUAAUGACUUUUAAACAGUUUAGACAAGAUGCCAGAAGAAGUCUCCAUUAUUGUUUUAUUGCUCAAUAAUACAAUUUGGCUAGGGGAUAUCAACAGAAAUAAUUUGUUUUCCUUGUGAAAUGUGAAUUGUGUGAUAGCCACUUAAAAACCUAUAAAAAUCUUCAGAACAGAGUUGAUUUAGCUAGUAAGCUAAGUGCUAACAUAUACGAACUGAUCGGUCACAAUAGCACCUGUCCUCCUGUUCCCUAUUUUUAUUUUAUUGAUGAGUUUACUCAGAUUUUGUUUGCAAUGGACAUUUGAAGCUGGAAAUAAAAUUCACGUUUAGACAUACAUAUGCUAUGCUUUCAAGAGGAAAAAAGAAAGAAAACGGAUUGUUGUUUUUGUAAAAAUGGUUUUCUUAGACUUGUGUGAUAGUUACAUCAAAACCAUUAAAACAUCAUCUCCAGGAGUAAUUUGAUUUAGCGAGAAAACAUCUUUGCUAGCGUGUUUAACAAAGAUGCUAGCAUUUUAGUGGUUAGCUCACAGCUAAAUCAACACUGUUCUUAAUGUUUUUCUAAAAAGCUUGACUGUCACUGCUGUAAAAACAUAUUUCAACUGUAUUUGUCCCUGUUGAAAGCAAGCAUGUCAUUGUGUAUGUACGUAUGUAUGUCAAGAUGUGAAAAUCACCCCAAGGUAACCUGUUUUAUAAUGUUUUAUAAUCGUAUUAUAACAGAAGGAUGCUAAUAGAGCAUCUGUAGUGCUCCAUUUGAACUCUAAUACAAUAAGACUUGGAGCCGGCAGUUGUUGUUUAUCUGUCUGGUAUUCAGAAAGAUUAUGCAAAUACUACUGAGCCAAAAUUUAUGAUAUGUGAUUUAAAGGUGAAGCAUGAACAAAUAGGAUUGUAAGUGACUGAAAAUGAAUCUUCUUUAAGUUUAACAUUAGAAUUCAGCAGACAUGUGUGCAUUUGUGUUUUAGUAUUUCAGUAAUUAUUGCUGGAGGACACAAAUACAUUUUCAAACAUAUUUGUGUUUGGGUAUUUACUCCAUAACUCACGCUGGAAGCCUGGGAUGACUGAAUCUGGUGAUAGUCAGCAUAGUUUUGAGGAAUAUUAAAAAGGCAAAAGCUGUAUACAAGCAUGUACUUUAAAGAAUAAAAUUAGCCAACACUCUAAAACAUUUUUGCACUGUGUUGAAAUUUGAAAACGGCACCACAAAACUGCCAAACCUGACCUCAGCUGAGUUAAUGUUCUGAAUGCAUAUAGUACAGGAAGUUGCAAAAAUCUCCAAAUGGCAACAUGGAUUGCUGCAGCAUGACAAACUUUGCUGAUUUGUGUAGUGGUCUGUGUUUAACAAAAAAAACAAUUCACUAAAUCUGUUGUCAUAUUCUGUUCUUGGUUGUUUUGUUCUCAUAUAUAUACCAAUAAACAACUUAAAAAACA